CUGUUGCAAAACUAUUGCGUAAGAUCGUCUUCGUGUGAUAUCUAUUAAUAAGCACGCACUACCCAUAGUGCAAUAUCCCAGUCGUCUGUUUCGUGUGAUCUCGAAGACAUCAACGCUGUUUUUGCAGUUUUAAGUUACGUUUUCGAGAAACGAAGUCAAUCUCUACCAUCCGGAUGAAGAUGACGCUCUCACAAGACGUCGAUGUAAACAAACAUGGCAGCGGCAGCCAAAGAUGUGAAUGAAGUAUUUUCAAGAUUGUUUGACCAUCGGCCAUUUUUACGUGGUGAAAUUGAUUAUUUUAAGAAGGAAUUUGAGGAAAAACGAGGAGACAGAGAAGUUGAACAACUUUUUCGGUCUUUAGAGCUCAUAACUGAAAUCAAGGAAGGACAAAUUGAGAAAAUUGUGGGAUCAUCAGAUGACAAUCUUCCAAGAACCAUUGCAGAUAUCCAAGUAGCUCUGCAUAUGUGUGAAGAUACUCUUGCCACUGAUAAACAAUUUAAUACUGAGGAACUUUUAGCCAAGAAAAGAGCUGAUCGCAGUGCCCGGCUUGGAGCUGUACAGCGGGAUGUGGAUGAAAAGCUGAAAUUACUUGAUGACACUUAUAAAGAGAAGGAAAAGGCAAUGAGGUUGCAGUUUGAGCAACUAGAGAAAAAUGCUGGUUAUGGGAAAUGA